AUGAGGUACCUGGACCUGGAGCACCCUGAGAGAUUUGUGGGAGCCUGGGAACUGGAGAUGAGAGAAUGGCCGGUGAUUGUCGCCAAGGCCUCUGCUCUAAUUUCCCGAAUGGGUUUUGAGCGGCUAAUGCGGCCCCUGCUGGAGGGACCUAGUUCCUUGCAGCUGCCCGAGGUAGGGGUGGCCAUGGGGGGGCGGCUGCCAGUCCUGGCCCUGGGGGUGUCUAAGGCCUUGCUGAUCCUGUGCACGCUGCUGGUGCCCUCACAGGCGGUGGUGCGGGCCAUGCUGGACAGCAACUCGAGCAUGGUGGACUUCGCGGAUUUGCAAGCCCUGUUCGGGGUGCCCCUGGCCCCCAAGGGUGUGCAGGGCUACCUGAUGGAGGCCAAUCCGGCCAACGCGUGCCGGCCCAUCCAGGGCCCCUGGCCGGGCAAUGGCUCCCUGGGCGCCAUUGUGCUGAUGCGCCGCUAUGACUGCAAGUUUGACGUCAAGGUGCUGCAUGCCCAGCAGGCUGGCUUCAAGGCGGCCAUCAUACACAACGUUGGCUCGGAUGACCUGGUGCACAUGGCGCACUUCUCCAAGGACCUACAGCACCAGAUCACCAUCCCCUCAGUGUUCGUGAGCGAGUCUACCUCACGUAAUCUGCGGGUCAUCGUGCGCUGUGGCAAGUUGGCCCACGUGCUCCUGCUGCCCGACUACUAUCUGCGCCCUCACCUGGACUUCCACCCAGUGCUGGCACUUUUCUGGGUGCUGGGCAGAACCCUGCUCGCAUCCACCAUCCUCAUCCUGCCCAUCUGGCUCUGUGCCUGGUGGACCUGCAGGCCGGUGGUCAAGACGCAGGCCUACCAGAAGGCCCAGGUCCACACCUUCACGCGGUGCCAUGAUGUAUGUGCCAUCUGCCUGGAGAAGUACAAGGAGGGCGACCAGCUCAAGAUCUUGUCCUGCUGCCACGUGUACCACUGCAAGUGCAUUGAACCCUGGUUCUCCCAGGCCACCCAGCACGCCUGCCCCGUGUGCAAGCAAUCGGUGGCCAGCACAGAGGAUGACACCUCUGACUCCCCCGUCGAGAGCUUUGCUGACAAGGACCUCUUGUUCCCCGGAAGCCGGCCCCCGAUCUGGGCCAUCCAGGCCCAGCUGCGCUCGCGGAGGCUGUAGCUGCUGGCCAGGGCCAGCCCACACCGCUGCUGCAGUGCCACAUCGGAGAGUCCCCCAGAUCCCCUGUGA